ACAUGAAUGAAAGAGUAUUUACUAUCUGGGGUGCACGGAGUAGGUCUGGUACUAACACCUCCCUUGCAUGCUUGGGAUGAGUGCCGUAUCGCAUGCGGAAGUUUGAGGUAUGUCGACCUCGAAAUUUCGUCGUUUUCGGACAAAGCACUCUACAGACAAAAACGAAUCAACAUUCUUUGUCUCAUUGAAAUAGACCUUCCGACAAUGCCUGUGUUUUCGAUUGACUUCCUUGCUGCUAAUCCCAAUCGUUGUACCCGCGCUUUUAGUAUUCUCACGUUGACCGUGUUCCAGCUUACGUUGUGUUCAUAAAUCAGAAGCAACUCUCUACCUACAGCA